AUGUAUAAGCUGAAACCUCUGAAGGGUUCCAAACAAGCAGUGGGCAAGCGCAGAGGUGGAGCUUAUGCUGGUUUUGUUAGAUAUAAAAGGCUUAGAUGGGUCAAUGCUAACCACAGCGCCUGCGACGUGGAUGAGGGGAGCCACAGAGACCAGAGAGCAGUGUCAGCUAUGGGGAGGGCAGCCCCAACCCUCCUGGUACUGCUCAGCCUAACAGUGACUAUUUGUGAUGCCCAGGACACCUGCCCAGAGGUGAGAAUAGUGGGACUCAGUGAUGCUGACCGGCUCGCUGUUCUCCAAGGAUGCCCAGGGAUCCCAGGUGCCUCUGGCCCAAAAGGAGAACCAGGUCUCCCAGGAAUGAAAGGAGAAAUGGGACCCCAGGGAUUCCCCGGGAAAGCGGGACCACCUGGUGCAAAAGGAGCAGCUGGAGAGCCUGGAUUCCCAGGACCAAAAGCCAGGAACUGCCAAGAGCUGUUGGCUAAAGGGAAGAUUCUGAGCGGCUGGUACACCAUCUACCCUCAAGGCUGCAACGCCACCACCAUCUUCUGUGACAUGGACACAGAUGGCGGAGGAUGGAUUGUUUUCCAGAGGCGCUGGGAUGGGUCAGUGAACUUCUUGCGAGAUUGGGACUCAUACAAACGAGGCUUUGGCAACCAGCUGACAGAGUUCUGGCUCGGAAAUGACAACAUCCACUUCCUCACCUCACUGGGACCCUGUGAACUCCGCAUUGACCUGAGAGACUUUGAAAACAACUACUAUUUUGCCAAGUAUGCUUCAUUCAGAGUUUUAGGAGAGUCUGAGAAAUACAAACUGGUCCUAGGAGACUUCCUUGGUGGAAACGCUGGAGACUCCUUAUCAUACCACAAGGACAUGCCAUUUUCAACAACAGACCAGGACAACGACAUGAGCUCCUUUAACUGUGCCACAGAAUACAAGGGAGCGUGGUGGUACAAUGACUGCCAUUACUCCAACUUGAAUGGGAUGUACUGGCCAGGCGUUCACAGGAGCUAUGCUGAUGGCAUAAACUGGAAGACAGGCAAAGAAUACCAUUACUCCCAUAAGCGAACAGAAAUGAAAUUCAGGCCAGUUUAACACAGCGAGAGGGUGUCUGACUAGCACCAACAGGUGCCACUCAACAGCUAAGAGAAGACACAAAACAUAAUGUUGUU